GCAGGAGAGCGCUGCCCGCGCGGGAGAGCCAGAGCCGGAGGGGGCCGGGGUCGGGGCAUCUGGUGGAUGCGCCCCGCCGCGCAGCAGCCAGAGUAGCGGCUGCCGCCCGCGCGGCGGGGAUGCCCGGACGCCGGGCCCCGGGGCUGGGCCCCCGGCGGUAACCGGAGCGGGGGGGCCGCGCCCCCCCUCUCCUCCCCCCUCGCCGGUCCCAGAGCCGCAGCUGCUGCGCCCGCGCGCUCCGGGGACAUUCUAACCGCCGCCGGGUCCCGCCGCCUCUCGCCCCGCUAUUAAUACCGGCGGCCGGGAAGGCGGUCGCAGCGCGCGCAGAGCAGUCAUGGAGACACUGCUGGCUUUCGUGGUCGGGGCAGCGUUGGUGUCCUCAGCCUGGGCGGGCUGUGUGGAGGUGGACUCAGAAACCGAGGCUGUGUACGGGAUGGCCUUCAAAAUUCUGUGCAUCUCCUGCAAGCGCCGCAGUGAGACCACUGCUGAGACCUUCACAGAGUGGACCUUCCGCCAGAAGGGCACUGAGGAUUUUGUCAAGAUCCUGCGGUAUGAGAACGAGAUGCUACAGCUGGAGGAGGACGAGCGUUUUGAGGGCCGUGUAGUGUGGAACGGCAGCCGGGGCACCAAGGACCUGCAGGAUCUGUCCAUCUUCAUCACCAAUGUCACCUACAACCACUCGGGUGACUACGAGUGCCACGUCUACCGCCUGCUCUUCUUCGAGAACUACGAACACAACACCACUGUCGUCAAAAAGAUCCACCUUGAGGUGGUGGACAAAGCCAACAGAGACAUGGCGUCCAUCGUGUCUGAGAUCAUGAUGUAUGUGCUCAUCGUGGUGUUGACCAUAUGGCUCGUGGCGGAGAUGGUUUACUGCUACAAGAAGAUCGCUGCUGCUACAGAGGCUGCUGCACAAGAAAAUGCCUCGGAAUACCUGGCCAUCACAUCAGAAAGCAAAGAGAACUGUACAGGCGUCCAAGUGGCCGAAUAACCCUGGCCCUGGGCUCCGCCUCAAGGAAGAGCCAGCCCUAGUGGGGAACAUCUGGGCACAGCCUGCCCCCAAUGGGGGUUGGCCAUUCCUGGGCCUCCACAGCCUCAGAGUCCUGCCAGCGGAGCCGCCAGGGUGGGAGAGGGCAGGGGACUUGGCUCACACCCCUAAUCCAGCCUUCUUCCUCCUGCCCCCUCACCCACCCUCACCAUGCAUGAUGGGUAAAGCAAUACUAACGCUGCUCCCACCCCUGCUUCUGCUGCCUGUUUGCGGGGGGAGGGGGGGCGGUGAGGUGGGGCGGUGGCUCUGCACCCCUUCUUCUUGCUGAUUUGCACACAUUGGCCGCUUCAGACAUGCACUACUGGGGCCCAGCCCCUCCUUGCCCAGAGUGGGUUGUCACAGGCUGGAACAGUUUGGGGCAGGGGGUUCUGGGGCUCACUUCAACCCUCAGUGACAUUUCCCCUCCUGCUUCCUCUGGCUGGACCUGGGGUCCCCUCUCCUGUGAUGCACUCUUGCCCGGCCCAACCCCGCCUUCUCUCACCAGCCUUGGAUUGUGGCCACUUAGAAAGGGGCCCAUUCAGCCUCGUCUCUCUUUACACAAAUAGUUUUGUUCAUGAAAUAAAGAUUCUUGGACUUGA